AUGCAAUCUAAAUCAAUGUAGUAGCUCAAGUUUCUAGCGCCUAUCAAGUUGAAGACGAAGCUGUUGCUCCCCAUGUACUAUGAUACAAAGCACAUCAUGUGACGAAAACGACUGGAUCAGAUUACUUCGUAUGGCGGAGUCAUCGAGAUGUCCCAUUUCACAUACUUCAGCCAUCUCUAAAUCGCACAAGUCCCUCAAAUUGUGAUGCUGUUAACAACCCUUUACUGGUGCAUGAGCGUGUGAUCUAAGUAAGGCCCGUGGCCUCUACCAGGAAAUAACUACAGCUUUCCUCAAAGAAUUUACAUCGGGGAGCCAGCAAAUAACUUGCUUGGAAUGCCCCAGUUCAAUAACCUUGGAUUGUCGGGAUUCCGCAUCUUGUAAAACGGAAACCCUCCAAGGACGGCUUUGAAGAAGCAGAUGGGCAUCGGUAUAUGCGGGUGAACACUCGAUAGUGGACAAAGGAGGCGUCGAGCACCGACCAGCCCCGUCAUGAGUCCACCCUUGUGUUUACAUCCAAGUACUCAAGCAAAUCGUAUCUUGAUGCAGAAGCCCAAUGGUCUGGUCGAGAUCUAGACUGCGGGGCCGUUUCAUGCAACUACGUCGCCUACGUGCCCAAGUCAUCCCAGGUUGAAGUUCUCCAAUGACCAUCACCAACAAUAGACAAGUGGACGUUGCAAGCCAAGCCACCAACUUGAUGACAUGGUCCAGACCAUCGAUGGAACGGUGACACCCACCGUAAUGGCAACAGCCGCCGGACACCGCAUCCGCCUAUCUCCAUGAAUACCGGCGUAGUAUUUGUCGCUGUUUAUUACUUUGUGCUCUGGCGGCUUUUUCUGAUGAGCAUCUCAACAAAGCAUCACCAGCACCCUGACACAUGUACCACUGAGUCUAGAACUGGCCUUGCGAAGCUGCGUAUACUGCUUCUGACCAUGAGGCUUUUUAACCAAGGCGGCCACUUUGUUCGGAUGGACUCAUCAGCCCAGCCUACUGCCAAGAUAAUCCAACUCGGUGGACAUGCAGGUGGGUGGCAAUGCGAGCACGGGUUUUGACGAGUCGACUUCUGCUGCAAGAGCUACAAAAGCAGGGACGCGGCUUUUGGCGAUGCUGUUCACGAUGCCCGGUACGGAAGCUUGUUUGUGUCGGGGCAAGAAGAUGGGGGUUUAUCUGCGGCGAUUGGUUGGGCUGCAUCAAAGUAUUAUGGGCUGGCUAGAGAUUCGACAUGGCGGUGUGGGGUGCCACCAACACACAGCAUCUGUACUAGGCGGAAUUGCCAAAAAUGGCGCCAUCUCAUGGAUG